AUGGAGUGUACAAGACGACAAGUCUCGUAUGCGACAUGGCGACUUGGUGUAUUCCGUCAAUUACUCGGCCCCUCGCUCGCGCGGCCAUCCCGCCGCUACCUCUCGAGCUCGCAAACUGCCUCCAAUGAAGCUCCUUCAGAUGCUGGAAGACCUCCCUCAGAGCGUCUACCACAAUCACCCCUCGUCGAAGCUCAUCAAUCCAGCCCAAUUAAACACCGAAAGCAAACUCCAAAUCUCAAAGACAAAUCCGAGCUCAAUAAGAAUCCAUGGGCAGUAGCGCUCGCCUCGCCAGUCCGGAUGUGUUCCGUGACAGGAGCCCGUAUACCACGCGAUCUACUCGGAGAAUGGGGUCUUGUUCGCAAACCAAACACAGAGAAUAGCUACUUGCUUCCCGUGGAUCUGAUCAAAGACUCCUUGCAAAAGCGACAAGAACAAGAGUCCGCAGAACCGGAGAAGACUCCAUACCUAGAUCCAGCGGCAAUGGCUACCGACACGCCUCUGACGGCGAAGGCGAUUCGCAAGGACAAGCCGGGGCAGGAACUCCUACUUCGAAUGCUUAACUCGCUCCAUCUCCUGAAGGGGCUUGCGAAGCCAUUGUCCAAAAAUGCCGGGAAGAGACCGGCUAUUUCGAGACUCCUGCCAUUCCGAUGGAAGCAUCCACUGGGGCCGAUCACCUCCCGCGUGGAGAAGCAAUUGCUUUGGAGACCUGAUAUGGUGGAAUAUGUGUUGCAGCAAAGACGCACUGACGUUGUUAAGAAGCUGGAAAAGGCUCGACGGAGGUACACGCGCCUGGAUAUUCCUGGUGGAGUUUGGAGUGUCCUUGAUAUUCAGGAAUCCACUACUGCUGCGCUAGUGGAUGCGUUGGAACGGCUCGGGCCUUUCGAUCGAAUGGCGUCCGGGGCGGUUUAUCUGCUUGUGCCGUCUAGUAAUGGUGAACCAUGGCCAGAGACUGUUUUCAAUUCAUCGACACAGAGCGAAGUUCCAGUUUUUGAUUUGACGACGCUUCUGGCUGUGUCAGACUUGACAAAACUACGUGAAACGGAGGCUCCGCAUUUCCACAAUGUGGCCCUGUUCUUCAGGCCGGAUGAUCGUGUGGGAGUGGAGACCAUGCUAGCUCUUUGGAAGCUUCAGCGGUUCAUGGCAGAAAUACCUACUUGA